UUGCUAUGAGAUACCUGUGUACCCACGGUAAAGCCGUGGCGUUUAAACACAGGCGAUUUGUUUGUGUUUAAGCGUUACAACACAUGGCAUGAUUAAAACACUCAACUGUAAAUAAAUGCAUCAAAUAGAAAAAUGCGCUUGACGGCGCUGGAGGACUUCAAGUGGUUCAGUCUGUUUAAGAGGCGAUGUGACAGGAAGCUGCAUUGCAUUGCACUGUGCUGUGCUGACUCGGAGUGGCUAAGGGACACCAGCAGCACAGAAGCUGGAGCAGCAGUCUCUCUCUGCAACAGGGAGUGCUUGAAUCUAGAUAUACGUGUCGGCUAUUUUAAAAUUCAAACAAAAAGCACACACUCGAGGGGUGUAAUAUAUUGUAGCCCCAGCUAACAUGGCGCGUCAGUACGAAGAGGUUACAGUCCGCGGGUACGAUGAGUUUAUGAAGGCCGUAUCGCAGCGUAAGGGCAAAGACGUGUUUGCCUAUUUCUCCGGCAGUAAAAACGAGCAAGGCUUCAGUUGGUGUCCUGACUGCGUGAAAGCGGAGCCGAUAGUGCGAGGCGAGUUGGGUUACCUGCCACCCGGCUCUGUUUUCAUCUACUGCCAAGUCGGGGAACGCUCCUACUGGAAGGACCCGAACAACGAGUUUAAAAAGACGCUGAAGCUGAGCGGAGUGCCCACGCUGCUUCGCUACGGCACGCCCCAGAAGCUGGUGGAGGAGGAGUGCUUUAAGAAAGACCUGGUGCGCAUGAUGUUCACCGAGGAUUAGAUUCCUCCAGCUGGGACCCCUGGUCUCCCCGAUCCACCCUCUCUGAUCAAUCUCACCGUCCCGUUCGCCUUAAAGAGAUACCGUGCCACAGGGAGGGGGAACAAGACUCCCCUCGCAUAGCAUUCUGAACCACAGUACAGGCUUUACUGGAAUUCCAGAACGAAACGCUGUUUGCAGUUAAGAUCGCAGAACCCGGAGUGGCUCCAACUGCUGUGCGACGGGAGUCUUAUUUCCAUGUUUUAAUCCCCUCCCCCUCCCGUAUGUAUAAAAUAAACACAAGUAAAGGUUUCUACGGUAGAGGGGCAUCCAUGGUUUACUGGUCUGCUGUAUUGUAUUCAGGGUCCUCACAGAGCACAAGAGUGGUCUGCAGUGUUGACACUGUAUUCAUUGAGUUGGGACUCAAAAGUCAUUGCUUUGUAUCGGUGGACUCCACAAAACACAACAGCACUUGCGGUUGAUAGCUGAAAUGAAUAUAUGUAUAGGCUUACAGUAUACAUUAAAAUGCUAUUAAACAAUAAAACUAAGUUGUAAUACACUACCA